UCAAGGGUCAUAAUAAUUGUGUACUCGUAACAUGGCAGUGGGUUUUCUGUCAACAUUUCGGCAUUAAUGUUUGGUGUAGUUAACUAAGCCAAAUUUGAAAUUAAAAACCACCAUUAGGUCUCAGUGAACACAGUGGAAGAACAUGUCCAAUCCGGAAAUGGUACCACUUCCCAAUCCAGAGGGCUUGCCAAUGGAUGACCAAGCUAAUCAACGGAAGAACAGUAUGGUGAAGCGUUUCUUCAAGAAUUUUUCGGUCGGUCGUCUUUUUGCUCGAAAAAAGACAUCUAACAGUGCUGGCAAUCCGAUGGAGCAGGUACCAUCUGCCGCCAACGAACCAAAUGAUAUGGAUAUGCAUGAAAUGCAGGUGCUUCACGACAACCAAACCCGACCGAUCAACCGGGAUGAACCACAGCCUUAUCCUGUUCAGGAGCCGGAGCCGCUGACUGCCUCCUAGGUAAAGGCAAAGAAACUGCAAACGAAACCUCGGAAGAGCAUCGCUGGAUGUGUCCUUGAAGAAGAGAUCAUUAGAGGACUGUUUUUAGAAUUCGACCGAAUGGCUGCAACGUUUUAAAAAGGGCAAUUCAUUCUCUACUUACUGCCUGUGAUUACAACUUCUGCAAACCCGAUUCUUCUUUAAUAAAACAAACCCAUAACGAA